AUGGAAAGGGAUUCUGCCGCUGAAGCUGGCAUCCCUCCUCUCCUGCGAGGCAACUAUCGCUCCGGUUUCGCCGCUCCGCCGUUGGCAGCUUCCUUCAAGCUCGACGAAGGAUAUUCCGACGAGACGAAGAGUCAGCCAGACAAUGAGUCGAGCCUCAAGUCGACCGAUUCUUCCAUGCCUCUGCCAGAGUGGAUACUUGCGCACAGUGAAGCGGAAAGGGCCGAGCUUGCUUACUCCAUAUUGCGCACCCUGCGCACGAGCACCAUCGCCUCCGUCGUGGACAGGCUCACGCCGCUUCUUCACAUGGAUCCCGUCGCCAAACUCCCGCCUGAGAUCACCGCCGAGAUCUUCUCCUACCUCGACCCGGCGACCCUGCUGACGGCUUCCCUAGCUUCGCGGGCGUGGAGAGAGCGCAUCUUGGAUUCCCGGCUCUGGAGAGAGCUCUAUAUCAGAGAGGGUUGGGGCCUCGACAUCGACGCCAUUCGGAAGUUCGAGCAGCAGCACUCGGAACCGCCCUUCUCGCAGAAUCGCAAGUCCCGAACGAGGCAUGCGGACUCAGAUGUGAGCGAACCCCAGCUCAAGAGGCGCGUCCCUCCGGCAGGCUUCAGCGCACUAAGUCCAGAAUCUGAGAUCCAGCCGCCGUGGAGCGAGCAACAUGGUCUGGUGGAAGCGGAUGGGCCGACUUCUCCUCACGAUGCGGAGGGAGAUCGGGAAAUGCACGAUGUUGCUUCAGAUGGCCAGCCGUCUCCGUCUCGGGGACGCAGAAACGGUCCGAAUUGGACUCCGUCUUCAAAGCUGUCGGGGCCAUCUACCAGUACUACAGCGAAGUCGUCUUCCUUGUUGGUCAGGCUACCAAACGGGGCCGCGAAGAUCAAUUGGCCUUAUUUGUACAAGCAACGGAGGCGCCUGGAGGAAAACUGGUUAAAGGGCCGCUUCAUCAAUUUCCAACUGCCCGAUCCCGCCCAUCUCGAAGAAGCACACCAGGAAUGCGUCUACGCCAUCCAGUUCUCCGGCCGAUGGCUGGUCAGCGGCAGUCGCGACAAAACAGUCCGCGUCUGGGACCUGGAAACAAGGCGGUUGUGGUACCCGCCUCUGCUCGGGCAUACCAAGUCGGUCCUUUGCCUCCAGUUUGACCCGGAUCCGUCCGAAGAUAUCAUCAUGACCGGCAGCAGUGAUAGGAACGUCAUCAUUUGGCGCUUUUCUACCGGCCAGAAGCUUCAAGAACUGGUUUCGGCGCACGAAGACUCCGUGCUGAACCUCAAGUUCGACAAACGGUACCUGGUCACGUGUUCGAAGGAUAAGCUGAUCAAGGUCUGGACCCGUCACGAGCUGACUCCCCUGGACAAGGACUAUCCUUCCGUCUUCAAGGGCCCCGGCGUCAAAUAUCCCUCGUAUAUCAUCGACACGAGCGAUGUGCCUCCGUCCUUGCUGGAGGCGCAGCUCGCCAGCCGCCACAUCAAGCCUUUGGCACCGUACUCCCUUUUGAUGACCCUGGAUGGGCACGGAGCCGCCGUGAAUGCCAUCCAGAUCAAUGACGAUGAGAUAGUCUCCGCGUCUGGAGACCGACUGAUCAAGAUCUGGAGCAUCCACAAUGGGGCGUGCCUCAAGACCCUCAUGGGUCAUCAGAAGGGCAUUGCUUGCGUCCAGUUUGACAGUCGACGGGUUGUCAGUGGAAGCAAUGAUGACACGAUUCGAAUCUACGAUCAUGCCUCGGGGGCUGAGGUUGCCUGCCUGCAAGGUCACCGCAGCCUAGUCCGAACCGUCCAGGCUGGUUUUGGUGAUCCUCCAGGAGCCGAAGAGGCUCUUCGACUCGAAGCCCUCGCAGUCGACAGCGACUACUGGGAUGCCAGGCGUGCCGGCGUCGUUCCCGACGCCCAGCCGAACGGUAGCCGCAAGCGCUCCGCUCCCAAUCGAAACCCGGGAUCUAAGAAUCCAAAGGACGUGAUGGCGCUGGGCACGCGGAUCCCUCCCGGUGGAGGUGGGAGUAUAUGGGGGAGGAUCGUGUCGGGCUCGUAUGAUGAGACCAUCAUCAUCUGGAGAAAGGAUCGGGAAGGGAAAUGGGUGGUUGGCCACCGGCUGCGCCAAGACGAAGCUGUCAUGAAUGCCUCAAUGGCGUAUCACCGUAGUCAGGCCGCACGCGAGGCAGCAAACGUGAUGAAUCGCACUGUGCCGCCGGCGCAGCAACAUCGACCGCUGCACAUGGGACACCAGACCGCUACCGGCGCCACUGUCCCUCCCAACCCUCCGAAUGCUGCUGCAACGAAUCCUACCAACAACCCCACCGCACCAGUCAAUAUUGGACAUGGUGGUGAACAAGGCUCGUCGUGGAAUGCAGUUGCAGGCAAUUCUGGCCCUCCGACUGGACAGCAAGGCAACCCGGCGGCUCAUGCAACGCCUCAUCAGCCUUCGGCACAGAUUCCUGCCAACACACCUUCUCCCAAUGCAUUCGCGGCCUUGCCACCCUGGCAGGCACCGUUGCAGGCACAGGCGCAGGCAUUAACCCAGGCUCAUGCUCACGGUCACCACGCCUUUGCUCGGCCAUUUGUCAACCCGGGUAUGCCACCGACAUCCAGGAUCUUUAAACUGCAGUUCGAUGCGCGGAAGAUCAUCUGUGCCAGUCAGGAUCCAAGGAUUGUCGGAUGGGAUUUUGCAUGUGGGGACGAGGAAAUCAUUGAAGCAUGUCAGUUCUUCACGGGAUUGUAA